AUGACAGGCACUCCUACCAUCCAUGACAUAGAGCAAGAGAUUCUAGAUCUCGAAGCGCGUUUACGAAAGGCAAAGUCCCGUUUAGCCCAGGUUUCCGCCCCGCGCGACUCCGAGCCGCAGCCGCAGCCUCCACCGAACGGAAUUUCUUCCUCCGAAACAUACCAUGCCCUCCUACUCUUAUCAGACUCCGCCCUCCCUUUGGGCUCUUUCGCCUAUUCGAGCGGCUUAGAAUCCUACAUAGCUCACCAAAAGCCUCUCCCUCGCACAAUAACACCGGUUGCCUCAUUUCAACGCUUCCUGAAACUUUCCAUUGCCUCAAUGGGAAGUAUCUCACUCCCUUACGUGCUCACAGCCUACCGCAACCCAAUCGAGCUUGAAACGCUGGAUAACGAUCUCGACGCAUCAACACCAUGCCCUGUUGCGCAGCGUGCGAGUAUCGCGCAGGGACGGGCAUUGCUGGGUGUAUGGGAGCGGGCAUUUCGAAGCACAUAUGCGCAUGGUAAUGGGAACUGUCAACUCAGAGGCUCAAGGGUGCAGAGCGGCAUCAAGGCCGUCGCGGACUUUUCAGAAGCGUUGAAAUGCUGUAUGGACGACGAGCUAGGGGUUAAGGGCCAUUUUGCACCGCUGUGGGGUGCUGUGUGCUUGGCCAUGGGAAUGGGUGCUCGACAAACAGCGUACGUGUUCAUGUUGAACCACGCCAAAGCUGUUCUUAGUGCUGCUGUUCGAGCGUCAGUAAUGGGCCCAUAUCAGGCGCAGAAAAGACAAACUUCCGUAAUCCUGCGCCAUCGUCAUUCCCAUGACUCCAUGCAAAGGCUCCUUGCUAGUCCUACAACCGACACAACCCUUGUGUGGUUUGAGAUACCCGGAACACCGUAG